CUGUGUAAAGUGAGAGCGCCUUGCCAAAAGCCGGUUCAUUACUCGAGAAGCCGGUUGAGAAGGAGCAGCUCUGUUCAUACCGUUACCAUGGCAGCUCAUUGCGGGAGAAAUGCAUCAUCUGCCCUUCUCCGGGCUCUAGUGGAAGCCGAGAGCCGGCCUGCCCGGGCAGUAUUAGGGAGAAUGAAGAAUCAGCACCAAGCAAUCCGCCAUAUUAACUCCUGUGGCAUUCUGGCCUCGCACUGUACAAAGCUACCUCAUCCGUCACAUAUCCAGAUGCAAACGCGGUCAUUUUUGAACCUUGCCGCACCAUUUAUUGGGAACAAGCGCAUGGACUACUCGGAAUCAAAAGUUUUAGGAUAUUCCAUAGAGCAAAUGUUUGAUAUAGUGGCCAGUGUGGAGAAUUACAAGUUCUUUGUACCUUGGUGUAAAAGUUCAAAAGUCCUGUCUACUCACAAAGAAGUUACAAAAGCUGAGCUGGAGGUGGGAUUUCCUCCCAUUGUGGAGAGAUAUGUCUCUAAAAUCUCUGUAAUACCUCAACAUCAGAUUCGGGCUGUGUGCAAUGAUGGAAAACUUUUCAGUCACCUGGAGACGGUGUGGCGGUUUAGCCCAGGCUUGUCUGGACGACCUGACACUUGCACCCUUGAGUUUUAUGUUUCCUUUGAAUUCAAAUCCCUUCUCCAUUCUCAUCUGGCAACGGUCUUCUUUGAUGAAGUGGCCAAGCAAAUGGUUCUUGCGUUUGAGAACCAAGCAGCAAGGACAUACGGACGGCAAAACAUCCCGUUGCGGGCUGCAAAGCGGCGAGCAGUACAAUAACUGCAAUCUGAACUUUGAAAUAACUGGUUUUGGGUCCUAUGAAACCAUUUAUAAGUGGCAUCGUUGGACCUAUACCGUCCCAUGCAUCUGAUGGACUGCCCCAGAGUUUUGCACAUUCCACAGAUUAUUUAUGUAUAUCUGGAACUCAGUGAACUUAUUUAUAAAAUCUUGGAUUUUUUUUUUUUUAAAUGUCAUGUCUCUAAUAUUGCAGAUCAUGGUUCAACUGUCAUACAAAACCACUUUAUUUUUAUAUUUAUUUAAAAAUUACCUUUUGAAACACUUCAUUUCUAAUUU